GUCUCUAGUGCCUACCUCGACAAACAAACUUCAGUAUUUUAGAGUGUCUAACAAAGUGUACAUUGCGAUAAGCAGAAUGAACUUGGAACUUCUUGUCUUUUAGAGUGUCUAACAAAGUGUACAUUGCGAUAAGCAUAAUGAACUUGGAACUUCUUGAGUCAUUUGGCCAAAACUACCCUGAGGAAUUUGAUGGAUCAUUGGACUGUAUCUCACUGGCAGUAACGUGCGCGUUUAAUAAGUAUGGCACACUUUUAGCAGUUGGCUGUAAUGACGGGCGAAUUGUUAUCUGGGACUUUUUGACUAGAUCACAUGCUAAAAUUAUUUCUGCCCAUGUACAUCCGGUUUGCAGUCUUAGUUGGACCCGGAAUGGCCAUAAGCUGCUAUCUGCCUCCACUGACAAUAAUGUAUGCAUAUGGGACGUUUUAACGGGCGAGUUAGAGCACAAAUAUCGAUUUCCUUCCCCGGUUCUUAAAGUGCAGUUUGACCCACGCGACCAUACUCGCGUUCUGGUCUGCCCAAUGCGAUACGCAGCUGUUCUUGUUCAAAUGGGCGGUUUGCAUAAGUGUCUCCCGUUGGACUCGGAUGGCGAUUUAAAUAUUGUUGCUUCGUUCGACCGGCGUGGUAAAUACAUAUAUACUGGGAAUGCGAAAGGCAAGAUACUCGUUUUAGAUGUAGACACAUUCGAGCUAGUCGCUAGCUUUCGCAUAAUUGUGGGGACUUCAAGUGCAACGGCUGUUAAAAGCAUUGAGUUUGCGCGCCGUGGCGAUGCAUUUCUUAUAAAUACGUCAGAUCGUGUAAUACGCGUCUAUGAUUCAAACGAAAUUAUUGCUUUAGGUAAAGAUGGCGAACCGGAACCUAUUCAAAAACUUCAAGACUUAGUAAACAAGACAACCUGGAAAAAAUGUUGCUUUUCGGGGGAUGGUGAAUAUAUUUGCGCUGGAAGUGCACGUCAACAUGCUUUGUACAUCUGGGAAAAGUCAAUUGGAAAUCUGGUAAAAAUUUUACACGGUACUAAAGGCGAGCUUCUGCUUGAUGUGGUUUGGCAUCCAGUUCGGCCCAUCAUAGCAAGUAUUAGCUCUGGACUCGUAUCGAUCUGGGCUCAAAACCAAGUUGAAAAUUGGUCAGCAUUUGCUCCUGACUUUAAGGAGCUAGAUGAAAACGUUGAAUACGAUGAGCGUGAAUCAGAGUUCGAUAUUGCUGAUGAAGACAAAUCGAUAGACUUAAAUGCGGAUGCACAUCAAGAAGAGGAAAUCGAAGUCGAUGUGCAAAAGGUAGAGCCGGUAGCCGCUUUUUGCUCUUCAGAUGAAGAGAAUGAAGACGAAAAUGCACUGCAAUUUUUACCAAUGGCCCCUGAAGUAGAGGACCCAGAGGAGGGUUGGGCUAUACAGGACAGCUUAGAAAUAAAUGCUUCCCUUCUAGGUAACGAUACUCAUGACUCUGAAGGUGAAAUAAUUAACUCCAAGCGCCGAAGAAUUCAAUAUUAUGAUGUCAGCCUUCCUGAUGCGCCUUCAGAUGCAUGGCUUAUCCCACAAAGUAUAUACACUGCGCAUCAUCAGAAGCACACCCGUUAAUUUCCUGCAAAUCUAGUAAGGAAAAACAGCAGCCUAUCGGCACAAAAAAAGCUAACAGUCGGACCAAGAAAUAAAAACAGUCAUGGAUAUUUUUAUAUUUUAUAUUUAAGUAUACGUACAUAUUAUUACUCA